UUUAGAUUUAGUUGUCACAAAACAUUACUUUAAAGAAGCACCACACACUAUAAAAUAUGUUUCGAAAUCAGUACGACAAUGAUACCACAGUGUGGAGUCCACAGGGCAGGCUCUUCCAGGUGGAGUAUGCCAUGGAGGCGGUGAAGCAGGGAACGGUUACCGUGGGUCUGAAGAGCAAAGACUAUGCUGUACUUGUGGCUUUGUGCCGUGCCUCCUCGGAUGUAGAUUCGCUGCAAAGGAAGAUCAUGUCUGUGGAUGCUCACAUGGGUAUAUCUAUAUCGGGUCUGACAGCCGAUGCCCGUCAGUUGUGCCAUUAUCUGCGCACCGAGUGCAUGGCCUAUCGUCACUCAUACGACACAGAGUACCCAAUAAAACGUUUUGUGGAAUCUUUGGGUAACAAGAUGCAGGCCACCACCCAGAGCUACAAUCGUCGCCCAUACGGAGUGGGAAUGCUGGUGGCAGGUUACGAUGUAAAUGGCGCCCAUAUCUACCAGGUGAUGCCAUCGGCCACGGUCCUCAACUGCAAAUCAAUGGCCAUUGGGUCACGAUCACAGAGUGCUCGUACCUAUUUGGAGCGAAAUAUGGAGAGUUUUGAAAACUGUGAUAUGGAUGAACUGGUUUGUCAUGGAAUUCAGGCCAUUCGUGGCUCGCUGGGCAAUGAAGACCUGCAAGAUUUAACGAUCAAUGCGGCUGUUGUGGGCAAAGAUAUGCCAUUCAAAGUGCUAACCGAUAGCGAUAAUCAAAGGUGUCUCAUACAGGCCAAAGGUAUGGGCAAGCCAGUGGUGGAUGAGUUUGUUGAUGCCUUCUCUGAAAAAGGAAUAAGCGAUGAUGAUGAUGAGCAAGGACCCAGUGGCAGUGGAAUGCCGAGAAGUGAUGAUGUUUCAACUACAGGCUCUUAGUGGAGAGUGUUUCAUUCAAAUUGAUUAUUAAUUGGCAUUUAUAAUCAUGAAAUAUACAAAAUCUAUUGUACAAUA